AAAGCGCCAAAAACAUACAACACCGGGGAUUCCCCAGUCGUCACCGACCUGAGUACUAGUCCGGCGGUCAGUAGCUUGUCUAAGGGAGAGCGGACGGGAUCCCGAAUUCUCUACUGCCUAUGGUCGUAUGUACUCGCUAGGGCGCGAUAG